UGUAACCGCGGCAAAAUUUCUUAAUUUGACAAACAAUAAUAAGCAGGAAAAAAUAAACAAUAUUUUGUUGAUUUAGUCCUAGAAUUGUCUUUGAAGAACAAUGUGAAUUUGCUGAGUAUCCAGCCAAGUCUAGGAGGCUGUAGGGACAUCAGGUGGAGAGAAAAUUUGGUGCUGUGUUUUGAUUUGUGUUGACAUGGAUGCCAUCAACAAAUAUCAAGUAUCUGCUGAUAUUUUGAGUGAAUUUGUCGAGGUUGCCAUACACAGUAUUUUAUAUAAUAGAGGACUGUAUCCACAAGGUGUGUUUCAAAGAAGAAAGAAAUACAAUGUACCUGUACAGAUGUGUCUCCAUCCUGAUGUAACAUCGUAUAUAUGUAAUAUUAUAGAGAGUAUAAAGGUUUUAUUAGAAGAAGGAGAGAUAGAGAAGAUAGUCGUAGUUAUAUUAACAUGUCACCAUAAACCUAUAGAAAGAUUUGUAUUUGAAAUAGGUACCUCAUCAGUUGGCAGGAAUACAAGUGACCAGUAUUUAUUUGAAAUGGAAGGUUCGUUAAGAUCUUUCUUGUUAAAAUUAACAGUUUGUGAUGCCAUGUUACAGUCACUACCUGAAGAUUGUACAUGGUCUGUUCAUAUACACACACAAGAAUCUGCUGCUGGUAAAAUAGAAGAGAAAAAUGUUGUACAGAAUUUUCCUUGGGUGGAAGCUGAUGAAAGACAAACUUUAUUAGAGGAUCCAAAAAUAGUUCCCUUGAAAACCAUGAAAUCAGACUAUUUUAAGUUACAAUUAUUUGUUGAAGAGAGUAGUAAGAAGAAGCCAUGAUGAGCAGCUGUUAUGGAUAUUGUUAAAUAUAUUCUGCUUGGGUUCAAGAUGGAAGCUAAAUGGUAGCCAGAUUUCUUUAAAGGAUUAUCUUGAGAACCAGAAUAUUUAUUUGUAUGGCCUUAUGGUUAAAUCAAGCCACUUGAUGAAUCAAAAUGAUUAGCAUCAUAAAAGUAAUUCAACAUGGUUCUGGAAAAAUUGAGUUACAUUUUGUCAUCAUAAAAGAAACUGCAACAGGAUUUUAUAUUUGUUAGAAUAUUACUGUUUAUUGGAUCAAUCUACAUAUUUAUGUUUAUUGAAUCAAUCUAAAUAUUUGUUUAUUGAAUCGAUCUAGAUAUUUAUGUUCAUGGAAUCGAUCUACAUAUUUAUGUUUAUUGAAUCAAUCUAGACAUUUAUGUUU